AUGGGGCACCCGGAGAAGGCCCACAUUAUGGGUGUCGCCGCCGCCCCUCCCCCCAUCCAAUACCGCCCCAACCCGUCGCCUCCUCAGCCUUCCGUCGCCGCGGCGCCGCCGCCGCCUUCCCACCACCAGAUCCCGUCGGGAGGAGACGGCUUCCACCGUCAGGGAAGGGGCAACUUCGGGGGAGGACCAAUAGUUGUUGGCAACGGCGGGGGUGGCAACGGCCCUGGCGCCACGACGCUCUUCGUUGGGGACCUCCAUUGGUGGACGACGGACGCGGAUCUGGAGGCGGAGCUGGUCAAGUACGGCCGUGUCAAGGAAGUCAGGUUCUUUGAUGAGAAGGCGAGCGGGAAAUCCAAGGGUUAUUGCAAGGUCGAUUUCUUCAACCCUCGCGCUGCUGUCGCCUGCAAGGAGGGCAUGAACGGACACCCCUUCAAUGGUCGCCCCUGUGUCAUCGUCUUUGCUUUGCCCAACAUUGUACGCCGCAUGGGUGAAGCUCAGCUGAAGAACAACCAACCGAUGGGUCAGAAGAAUUCAGGACCAAUUUAG